AUGGCGCAAUUAUCUGGGUUGUCGAUGUUGGUCCGAGCCACGGCCAUCGUCAUCGGCGCCACGGCCGUCGCGGCAGCGGAUGUUGACGGGUCCCCGGAUACCCUAGCCAAGCGCUACUACGGCCCCUUUGGCAGUGGCAGCUAUCCAUCUAGUAGCGGAGGAGACAGUAGCGGUAACGGCGACAGUGACAGCUUCUUCGGGAGCAGCAACGGCUUCCCAGGCAUUUCUGGCUCCACACUCGAAAAGGCCAUACAUUACCGCACAGUCCACGGCAUCCUGGCAUCUCUGGCUAUCGUUGUGCUCAUGCCCGUAGGCGCCAUUCUGAUGCGCAUUAUCCCGGGUCGCUUCGCCAUCUGGAUCCACGCUAUCGCUCAGGUGCUCGCCUACCUGCUCUUUGUUGCUGGUGCCGCCCUCGGCCUCUAUCUCGUCAAUACUGUCCGGUUUCCCUUUUCGGGAGGCAGUCUGCUCAGCCUGUCGUCUACGAACGCGCACCCGAUCAUGGGUAUCGUCACGCUCGUCUUACUCUUCUUUCAACCCAUUUUGGGCUUUGUCCACCAUGCGCGCUUUAAGAAACUUGGCCGCCGCACUGUCUGGUCGUAUCUGCACCUCUGGAACGGCCGCAUCGGCAUCUCUCUUGGCAUCGUCACCGGCGGGCUCGGCCUGCGCCUGGCCCAUGCCUCGCGCUCCGCCAAGACCGCCUACAUCAUCGUUGCCGCCAUCGUAUGGUUUUUCUGGUUCGUCGUCGCCGUCCUCAGCGAGUUCCGUCGCGGCCGCCGGAGCCGACGUGGUGGUCCCACUGCUGGCGUCACUGUCUCGCCGCGACCGUCGUCCCGUCGCCGCGAUAGACGUGUCAGUCGGGAUGGAUACUAUGGCCACAGUUCCGACGGCAGUCCCGUGAUGUCUGCGGUGGAGCCGUCCCACAGCAGCCGCAUCCACCGUCACCACUCUCCCAAGGCCAGCGAGUCACGGAGCCGAGGGUCCAGUGCUCGUCGGUACGUCUGA